UUCUCUAACAAAUACCAAACCCCUUCCCCUCAAUCAUAUAUUUCAUUAUUUCAUAGAACGUGGGCACUGCAGUGCAGACCUGGGGACGAAACAACUUGUCUUCUGGAUAACUGACGAAUGGGGUUUCAUACACUCUGAUCGGGGACAGCAUGUCCGUGCGAUCUGCCAUAAGCACUAUUAUGAGAGCCAUAAGAGUCACAGAAUUUGGUGGACCUCAGGUGUUAAAACUAGAAACAAAUGUGCCCGUGCCAAGACCUUCGGAGGACCAGGUUUUAAUUAAAGUUCACGCCGCAGGUAUCAACCCCGUGGAUACAUACAUCAGGUCGGGAACCUACGCCGUGAAACCCACACUGCCCUACACCCCCGGGAAAGACGUAGCUGGGGUGGUGGAGGAAGUGGGUUCAAAGGUCAAACAUCUCAAGAAAGGGGACCAAGUUUAUUCUAUGGCUGUGGCGUCUGGUGGCUACGCGGAAUAUUGUACUUCAGCGUCAACUGGAACCAAACUUCUCCAUAGCAACCUGACUUUUGAAGAGGGCGCGGGAGUUGGAAUACCAUAUUACACAGCAUACAGGGCUCUAGUUAUCAUUGGUGGGGCAAAGCCCGGCGAAACAGUUCUAAUUCACGGAGCCAGUGGCGCGGUUGGACUUGCUUGUGUUCAGAUUGCUAAGUCCAGGGGACUGCACGUGUUGGGGACAGCCGGAAGUGAGGCUGGGAUCGACCUUAUCUUACGGAACGGAUGUGACGCAGCCUUCAGUCACAGGGAAGACGGAUAUGCAGCCAAAAUAAUGGAAGCGACGUCUAACAAUGGACCUCAAAUCAUCAUAGAGAUGCUUGCUAACGUAAACCUCGAGAAGGACCUGGAAAUGAUAUCAAAAAGAGGGCGAAUUGUAGUUGUUGGAAAUAGGGGUUCUGUAGAAAUAACGCCCAGACUAGCCAUGCAGAAAGAAUGCAUCGUCACGGGGAUGCUGCUGUUUAACGCCUCUCAAAAUGAAAUGGAUGAGAUAGAUGCCGCUGUAUCCGCCGGAAUGAGAGACGGAUGGGUAAAGCCACCAAUAGGGAAGACUUAUACCUUGGACCAAGCACCUGCUGCUCACAAUGACGUCAUCAACAACCAGGGCACUCUGGGACGGCUUAUAUUUAAAGAAACAAUAUUAGAUAGAGACAACUGUCAAAGCCGAACCACGUCACCGGAUGAUGGAUUGAGAGGUUAUGCAGGUCAAUGGGCAGGUACUCCUGGGGGCGGGGGUAGUAAUCUUGGGGGAAAUAACCAGCAGGGCGGAGACAUUCUGGGCGAACAGACAGCGCCCGCACAGCUCCCAAACAUCCGGUCCCAGCAACAGACGCCCGGAUUCCCCCAAAACUUUCAGGGUUUCCCCCAGCAAAAUAAUUUUGGAGCUCAGGGGUUAGGUGAGAGAGGCCAAAUGUUGCUGCUAACCAAUGGUGCUGCCAGUGUACUCAUAGCGAACCGUGACCGCCUCCCCCGCGACAGAGUCCGCAGGGUGGGCGUUCCGGUCUCACUUAUUCGUGCUUUUGCUAUUCAGCCUGAGGUUUUGCUUCCAUCUUCGCUUACAGCCAAUGCUAUCUCAAAUGUUCGAACAACUGCAUCCCGGCGAGGCGGCGGAGGUAAUCCUUUCCUGAGACAACAACCCUUUUUGCGUCGGCCUCCAUUUUUACCACCAUUUGGAAGACAAGGACAGUUGCCAUUUCCGCCAUUCAGAGGACCUUUUCUUCCGUUUUCACCUUUCGGAGGCAGACCAGGUUUUCCACCAAUUGGAGGUAACUUUGGAGGACGACCUGGACUCCCCGGGUUUCCUGGAGCUCCCUUCGGACAACAAAUCCCAUUCCAACAACAGCCCCCGUUUUUAGGAGGAGCCGGAGGUCAAGGUCAGGGGCUUCCUGGCCAAAGUGGAAAUGCAUUUGAAUUUCAAUCACCUUUUUCUGGAGACUUAGGUGCAGGGGGCAACCAAGGAAAUAACGGACAACAAAUCCCAUUCCAGCAACAGCCCCCGUUUUUAGGAGGAGCCGGAGGUCAAGGUCAGGGGCUUCCUGGCCAAGGAGGAAAUGCAUUUGAAUUUCAAUCACCUUUUUCUGGAGACUUAGGUGCAGGGGCCAACCAAGGAAAUAACGCUCAACAACCGUGGAACAUACCUAGAUUCAACCAAGGCCAAGCUGGGCAGGGAACAGGAGGAGGUGGAUUUCAACUUCCCACAAAUGGUCAACAGCCUUGGAACAUUCCUAAUUUUAAUCAAGGUCAAGCUGGACAAGCUGUUGAUACAUUGCCCCCAUUCUCGUUCCUCCCAACUGGAACGGGAAGUGGAUUGCAACUUCCUACGAAUGGUCAGGGAGGACAAGGAGGAAUCCCAGGUGGAUUAAAUCUUCCAAACGUACCCGGUGGAUUAAAUUUUCUGAAUGGCGGAGCACCUGGUGGAUUAAAUCCUCAAAUUGGAUCUGGAGCACCAGGUGGAUUUAAUUUUCUCAAUGGCCAAAACGGACAGGGAAUAGGUUCAAUUUCUCCAUUCUCAUUCCCGACUGGAACUACUGGGGGGCUUCAACUUCCAACCAAUGCCCAAGGCGGGCAAGGACAGGGAGGAGCUGCUGGCGGGUUGCAGCUACCAAAUAAUGCAGGAGGUCGAUGGAAUCAAGGACAAGGUUUACAACAAGGAAACCUGGCUGGCAGUCCUUUCACAGAGGUUGUCGGUGGGUCAACAAACUGGGAUUCACUAGGGCAAACUCAAACACCUGCUGCGGGAGUACCUGCAUGGAUGCAAGGAGGAUUUCCAAAUCUUAGUGGCAAUGGACAACCUAAUCCUUUAGGUGCACAGAAUAAUCCAUUACAAGCAAAUGGUCAAAACGGAGGAUUACAAUUUAAUCCAUUUGGACAAAGUCCACCAUUUCAGGGACAACUUCCCUUCCAAAUGCCAAGUGUCAAUCCUAUUGGUGGAAACAAUGGAGCACAAGGGUCGAAUAACCAGAAUCCAUGGACGCCAUCAACUCCAACACAACAGCAAAAUACAGGAGUUUCAGAUCUUUUGCCCGGUUUUACAUUUCCAGACAAUUCUGCAUUGACCUCCAAUCCGGGUAAUGGAGGAACAACGACUCAAGGAGGAGGCAUUGAUUUGUCCUCAUUAUUUAAUCAAGGUUCAGGAACAGAGACACCGUCUAUUGAUUUCGCAUCUCUUUUUGGGAAUACUGCAGGUUCAGAUACAACCCAGACAUCGCCAGACACAAAUCUUCAGAAUCUUUUCCAAGCCAUGCAAAAUGCAGGACCUCCUCCAGGAAACAAUGCAAAUAAUGGAAACCAGGCUUCUAACCCCUUUGCAGGUCUCACUGCUGGUAAUCAGCCAUCUCAAGGUUCACAAAGUACUAAUCCUUUUGGUCUUCCGGGUAACAUUCCAUUUAGCGCAAACCAAGGUUCGCCAUUUGGUGGAGCCCCGGGAGGUAACCCAUUUCAGACAUUUCAAGGUAAUCCUGGAAACCCAACAAGUGGUAUCCCAGGUCUAAAUACAGCAAAUUUCGGAAAUCAGGAUAACUCGCAAUCAUCUGGUGCCCAAGGUAAUAAUCCAUUUGGAAAUAUUCCUUUUGGUGGAAUGCCGGGCCUUCCAGCCCCAGGAGGACAAGGAAACAAUCCUUUUGGCGGUCAACCUGGUUCUAAUCCGUUUGCUGGACUCCCAGGUUUAGGAGGUUUUCCAGGGGGAAAUAUGACCGGACUUCCAUUUGGAGGUGCUGGAGGAUUACCGCCCUUUAUGCCCGGAUUCCCAGGAGGAUUUCCCCAGCUGCCCCCAAAUGGUGGAGGUACUGGAAAUAAUCAGGAAACUCCAGGUGUGUUUAACCCUCCCGCAUCACAAAUGGACUUUUUACAAGGAUUAGGAACAGCAAAUACCCCUUUCCCUGGUUCCUCUAGUGGUGGUCAAGGGUCAGGAAACAGUCCAUUUUCCAGCCAGUCGUCUAUUCCUUCCAACAGCCCGUUUUCCGGCUCAUCGUCGUCUGGCAACUCAAUGACAACGGAGCCACCCCCACCUUUAGUGUUUCCAGCUAACUCAAACAAUGCCGCCGAUAGUAGACCAGGAAGAAUCAUGGCGGUUAUUGACAUGACAAAUGCAAAUGAGCAGAACUUGUCUACGAUGAUAAAAGUAUUAUCGAAUAUGCUCAAUGCCAAAAAAGAAGAAUCUGUCUCAAAACCAAGCACAGACUCAGGAGGAGGCGGUGGCAAUGAACUCCCCAGUCUGGCGAACCUCUUUAUCUAAGUUAUUCCUUGGAUAGAAAAUAGACCAUAGAAUUCAGGAAAAAGGUGGAAGGUCAAUGUCAUGUGUAUAUUACGCCGUGUAACCAUCAUGCCAUAUAUAUUUUAAUACUUUUUAUAUGAUAUUUAUAUGAAAAUAUAUUCAUGAAUAUACAA